AUGUGCGCCCGGACGGCGGGGCGAGCUGCAGCGGCCCCCCGGGGGCCCCCCGGCGCCUGGCUCUGCGUCCUGGUGGCCCUCGUCCUGGACGUCGUGAGAGUGAGCUGUGAUCAGGACUCCCUGGACCCUGUCUACCUGCCGGCAGCCCUGGAGCUCCUGGAUGCUCCUGAGCACUUCCGUGUGCAGCAAGUGGGCCGCUACCCACCUGCCAACUCCUCUCUGGGCUCCCGAUCUGAGACUUUUUUGCUUCUGCAGCCCUGGCCCAGGGCCCAGCCACUUCUCCGGGCCUCCUACCCACCUUUUGCCACUCAGCAGGUGGUCCCUCCUCGGGUCACUGAGCCCCACCAACGGCCAGUCCCCUGGGAUGUGCGGGCUGUUUCAGUGGAAGCAGCUGUGACUCCAGCGGAGCCCCACGCCCGCGUCCUUUUCCACCUCAAAGGGCAGGAUUGGCCGCCAGGGCCUGGCAGCCUGCCCUGCGCCUGGCUGCAUGCCACACACCCUGCAGGCACUGCUCAGCGAGCCUGCCGCUUCCAGCCACCCCUGGGUGCCUGUGUGGUGGAGCUGGAGUUCCCCCCACACUGGUUCUCCCAGGGCUCUACCACACGGGCCGAGCUAGCCUACACUCUGGAGCCCUCAGCCGAGGGUCCUGAGGGCUGUGGCUCCAGUGGGGAGGAAGGCCCUGGGGAACAAGCCCUCCCAGUUGGUGGUGUGGAGCUGCGCUCAGCAGACCCCCCGCAGUACCAGGAGGUACCUCUGGAUGAGGUGGUGACUCUGCGGGUGCCUGAUGUGCCAGUGAGGCCCGGCCAGAUCUUCAGUGCCACUCUUCUGCUUCGGCACAACUUCACAGCCAAUCUCCUGACCCUGCGGAUCAAGGUGAAGAAGGGGCUGCAUGUGACAGUGGCCCGCCCAGCCCACCCCACCCUCUGGACUGCCAAGCUGGACCGCUUCAAGGGCUCCAAACACCACACCACCCUCAUCACCUGCCAGCGUGUUGGGCCCACAGGGCCAGACUCCAGCCCCCUUGAACUGUCCGAAUUCCUGUGGGUGGACUUCAUGGUGGAGAAUGGCACUGGUGGGAGCGUGGCAGUCACUCGCCCUGUCACAUGGCAGCUGGAGUACCCAGGCCAGGCCCCCGAAGCGGAGAAGGACAAAAUGGUGUGGGAAAUCCUGGUGUCAGAGCGGGACAUAAGAGCCCUUGUCCCACUAGCCAAGGCUGAGGAGCUGGUGAACACGGCACCACUGACUGGAGUGCCCCGGCGUGUGCCUGUGCGCCUUGUCACUGUGGAUGGCGGGGGAGCACUGGUGGAGGUGACAGAGCACAUUGGCUGUGAGUCAGCCAACACACAGGUUCUGCAGGUGUCUGAGGCCUGUGAUGCUGUGUUCGUGGCUGGCAAGGAGAGCCGGGGCGCUCAGGGAGUGCGGGUGGACUUCUGGUGGCGCCGACUGCGGGCCUCGCUGCGGCUGACCGUGUGGGCCCCGAUGCUGCCUCUACGCAUUGAGCUGACCGACACCACCCUUGAGCAGGUCCGCGGCUGGCGGGUCCCCGGCCCAGCUGAAGGGGCGGUGGAGCCGGAGGCGGUGGCAGUGGUGGAAGAGGCCGAGCGGCGCGCCCGCGGCUGCCGCCUACAGUACCAGCGUGCCGCCGUGCGCUUCCUCGUCUCCUUUGCAGCCCACCCGCUGGAUGGUGGCCGCCGCCUCACCCACCUGCUCGGCCCCAACUGGCUGCUGGAUGUGUCCCAUCUCGUGGCGCCGCACGCCCGAGUGCAGGACCCCCGCGUAGCCUCGCUGGAGGGUGGCCGCAUCCUGGUGGGCCGGGAGCCUGGUGUCACCUCCAUCGAGGUGCGCUCCCCGCUGUCUGACUCCAUUCUGGGGGAGCAGGCGCUGGCUGUGACGGACGACAAGGUCUCGGUGCUGGAGCUCCAGGUGCAGCCAGUGAUGGGCAUCUCACUGGCCCUGAGCCGGGGCACUGCCCACCCUGGGGAGGUCACAGCCACAUGCUGGGCACAGUCAGCCCCUCCUGCCCCAAAGCAGGAGGUGGCCCUCUCCCUAUGGCUGUCCUUUUCUGACCACACCCUGGCCCCUGCCGAGCUCUACGACCACCAUGACCUGGGACUGUCCAUUUCAGCCGAGGAGCCUAGUGCCGUCCUGCCAGCUGAGGAGCAGGGUGCCCAGUUCAGGGUGGUGGUGAGUGGGGUGGGUGCCGAGGGGCUGCCCCUGCAUGUGACUCUGCAUCCGCCUGAGCCCUGCCGCCGGGGCCGCCACCGUGUGCCCCUGGCCUCUGGCACUGCCUGGCUUGGGCUGCCCCCUGCUCCCACCCUUGCCCGUGCUCUCCCAUCUAGCCCUGCCCAGAGCCCACCAGCCACAGAGGCCAGUAUGGGUGGUGAACGGCAGGCAGUGGGCAGUGUGGGGGAUGGCAUGGGUGUGAGGGGCAAGUUUGAGCGGACAGAGGAGGCCAGGAAGGAGGAGGUGGAAGCCAGGGAGGAGGAAGAAGAGGAGGAGAUGGUCCCCGCCCCUCAGCGUGUCACCGACCUAGAGCUGGGCAUGUACGCCCUGCUGGGCAUCUUCUGUCUGGCCAUCCUCAUCUUCCUGGUCAAUGGUGUGAUCUUCGUGCUGCGCUACCAGCGCAAAGAGCCUCCCGACAGCGCCACCAACCCCACCUCCCCCCAGCCCCACAACUGGGUCUGGCUGGGCACUGACCAGGAGGAACUGAGCCGCCAGCUGGACCGGCGGCCCCCUGGCCCGCCCAAGGGGGAGGGAGGCUGCCCCUGUGAGAGUGGGGGAGGAGGGGAGGCCCCGACCCUUGUCCCUGUCUCUCCUGGGGGCACCACCAGCUCCUCGAGCACCCUGGCCCGAAAGGAAGCUGGGGGGCGGCGGAAGCGCGUGGAGUUUGUGACAUUUGCACCAGCCCCUCCAGCCCAGCUGCCUGAGGAGCCUGCAGGGGCCCCUGCUGUGCAGUCCAUCCUGGUGGCGGGUGAGGAGGACAUCCGCUGGGUGUGUGAGGACAUGGGGCUGAAGGACCCCGAGGAGCUUCGUAAUUACAUGGAGAGGAUCCGGGGUAGCUCCUGACCCCUCCCCAGCCUGCCUGGCCCAGUGUCGUGGGCCACCAGCCUGGGCAGCAGGUGGAGGUCCCAGCGAGCCUCUGGCCUGUCCCUACUGCUCCUCCUCUGGUGCUUGUUUCCAAGUCCCUUGCCUGGUCCCCCUCAAGGACUCCCACCCAGGCCCCCUUUGCCCUGCCCCUUGGGACCAUGGUCGUGAGGAACAGCUUAUGCCCCUUAUUUAUGGGAACCAUUUCAUUCUCUUGUUGGGUACAGAAUAAACUGAGAAGGAAACCAU